UCUCUUUGGUUUGUAUCCAUCUUCCUCUCAGCAAAUGAGAAUGGCAGAGUUGCUCUCUGUUUGCCUUGUUUUACUCUCCCUCUUCACCACCUCUGCUUUUGCAGCAAAGUAUUUAGAUGGACUUCUCCCAAAUGGCAACUUCGAAGAAGGGCCCAGUCGAUCCAAUAUGAAGAAAACAGUAAUAGUAGGGAAAUACUCACUCCCCAAAUGGGAAAUCAAUGGGGUAGUGGAAUACAUUUCAGGUGGGCCCCAACCAGGGAGCUUCUUCUUUGCCGUCCCUCGUGGGGUCCAUGCAGUGAGGCUUGGCAAUGAGGCCUCUAUCUCUCAAACAGUGGCUGUUAAACCAGGAUCUUUCUAUUCCCUCACAUUCGGUGCUACCAGAACCUGUGCUCAGGAUGAAGUUUUGAGGGUCUCAGUACCUCCUUUCUCAGGGGACCUCCCUCUGCAAACACUCUACAGCAGCAAUGGAGGUGACACUUAUGCUUGGGCAUUCAAGGCCACUUCUAAUGUUGCUAAGGUGACAUUUCACAACCCUGGGAUUCAAGAGGACCCCACAUGUGGCCCCCUCCUGGAUGCAGUUGCAAUCAAGGAAAUCAUCCCUCCCUUGCACACUAGAGGUAAUUUGGUUAAGAAUGGCGAUUUUGAAUAUGGGCCUCACUUGUUCAAGAACUUCUCCACAGGAGUCCUCCUCCCCCCCAAACAAAAAGACCAUGUAUCCCCACUCCCUGGUUGGACUGUAGUGUCCCUCAAAGCAGUGAAGUACAUAGAUUCAAAGCACUUCUCCGUCCCAUCAGGAUUCGCAGCAAUUGAAUUGGUUGCAGGGAGAGAGAGUGCCAUUUCUCAAGUCCUAAGAACAGUCCCCGGAAAAUCCUACAACCUCACAUUCACAGUUGGAGAUGCCAAGAAUGGGUGCCAUGGAUCGAUGAUGGUCGAAGCCUUUGCUGCUAAAGAGACCCUGAAAGUCCCAUUCCAAGCCCAUGGCGGUAGCAAGUUCAAGACUGUGAGUCUCAAAUUCAAAGCAGUUGAGCCCAGAACACGGAUCACAUUUUACAGUGGGUUCUAUCACACAAAGCUUCAUGACUAUGGCACCCUUUGUGGGCCUGUCCUGGAUCAUGUUAGGGUUUUUCCUGUCUCUUAAUUUUCGGUUGUAUAAUCACCAUGUUACCAAGCUACAGUCUACAGAAAGAUCCAACUAUAAUUUUGAAUCA